CCCUUGCCAAGAACACAGUAGGUGCCUCAGUGUGCUCUUAAGUACAUAGAACUUACCUUGUGUUCAUCUGUGUAUGUGUGUUCUCUGGCCCCAUCCACUUAGACUAGUCGGUGAUGUGACUGCUUCACUUCUUGCAGGCUUGCGUGAUAUUCCGUGAUCCUAGACGUGUUGCGACAAUAUAGGUUAUGUGAUCGCAAAGAAAAUUAAUUACCAGUGCAAGAAGUAUUCUCAUAUUAGACUUAAACGGUUGAGGCGCUUCCACUGGUACACAAGAACAAAGGUAUUGCGACAUUAGUUAGGUGAACACAGGAAAAACAUCAACAAGGAAACCCGUACCAAAAUGUGUACAGGGUGUUGCUGCGACCCCCACAAGAGGACGUACAUUGCGGCCAUCUUCUCAGGCGUAGAGGCGGUGGCAUUUGGGAUCCUGAACAUCGUGCUGCUGUGUAUGAGCUAUUGCAACAUCGUGCCCCCAGACAAACCACCUGCCGCUGGUUUCGAUGAAUUCUGGUCCUGGUACUUUUAUGACGAGAAGUCAUGCAAAUCACGCUAUAACUACACAGCCCCGUGGUGGAUCUCUUCUUACCCUAUAGCGUCGAGAUCCCAUACAACUGUACAAGAUAACCAAACCUACCAGAUUGCCUACUUGAGCCUCCACUCACUAUGGCUCAUUGCAGCUUUCAUCAUGAUCUAUGGCAAUGCCAGGAAACUGUGGGGUUACUACAUCCCUUGGCUCCUAGUUACCCUCACCAUCAUCGUCAUGGACCUCACCAUCACUGUCUUCUACAUCCAGGAUAUCAUAGACUUAUCAAAAGGAAAGGCCUAUAAAUCUGCAGCAGGCUGGAUACUGGUCAUGUAUAUCCGAUUGUUAUUUUUCUGGUUCGUGAACAUAGAGGAAUUUGGCAAUAGCCUCAAUGCCUUCUGCAAGUCUUACCACAAGAGGACCAAACAAGCUCGUCUGGCGAAGAAGCAAAACAAGAAGACAGCCUUGGAAGUGGCCGAAGCAGCAGCACGUGCAGACGCAGCAGCACGGGCAGAGAUGAGAGAACAACAAGCCAGAGAGUGGCAGAGACAGCAGCACCAGCAAUCAUUUGCUCCAGGAAUAUCUAAUGAUGCUUACGUGGAGAUUCAUCAAGCCCCACGGACCCAAGAGCGGCCCCCAGUGCCAAAGAAGCCAUCAGCGCCCACAGAGCUGCGUCCCUUCAAUUACCUCAACCCAUCCUUUCGACCCGCUGAUCAACAUGACAUUGAAGGCAUGCGUUCCAAUCCUGCUUCUGUACCUAAACCUUUGGCUAAUUAUAUGAAGAUUUCAAAUUCUAAUCAGCAGGAAUACAUUCCUAAUGAUGGCUACACAAAACUACCUGAUGAAACUGUGGCACCUGCCCCAUUACCUCUGCGAUUUGGCUCCAUGAGAACUCUUCACAACCAACAGCCACGACGUGAUCAGAGGAGAUUCUCCUCAACAAGAUCUCGACCUAGAACAUCACGUUACAAUGAGUAUCAACAUCAUGAUUCGGGUGCUCAAUAUAAUACCGUUUGGGACAUAAGUUCUAGACCCUCUGAUCUAAAUCUUGUAGCAUUACCACGAGUAAACCUGGCAGAAGGUAACGCUGUCAUACGUGCUCCAAGGAAUGCCGAUUUUGAAUCACACCAAGAAAGGCAAUAUUCUUCACCAACGGCAAGAGCCUACCCUCCUCCAUAUAAACAAAACACUGGCUUCUCACCAACGGACCAAGAAAGAUCUUAUCCUCCUUCAGAAAAUCCAGACAUAAGAUAUUCUCCAUCAUCAUAUCAACAGACACCCAACUUACCACCACCUUCAACCAAACAUAACCCUCAAGGUCUCUCUCCAACCACUUAUUAUAUAUAAUUAUGGCAUAUUCAAGAUGAAGAGAGACCUAGUAGAAAAUUGCAUGGAUUUAUAGUGGUAAGAUAAUGUGGUACAGGUAUUUACUAAUUAUGAUAAAUAAUUAAAUUAAAUGAUUUAAAUUAUUUUAAAUCCUCCUAAAUGAUAAAUGAUAUUUUUUAUGAAUACUGAAAAUAUAAGUUACGACUUGAUAAGGGUGUCGGACGGGAUAAAAUAUCAUAUUCCUGUCUUUACAUAUAUGUGGGUAGGCUUAUUUAUAUAAUUUAUACUUGCAGGAACUAGUGAAUUCUUGAAUUUAUACAUAUUAGGCACAAAUUAUUAACUAAUUUUCACAUGUAUAGUAAAUAAUCUGACAUUUUAUAUAAAUAUUGAACAUAUAUUUUUUAUAUAAAUUCAAGUAUUCACUACAUCCUGUGUUUAUACAUUAGGCCCCCAAAAAUUGUGUAGUAUUUUUUUGUGUUCAGUAGUAACUUUUUUAACAGGCAAUUUCUCUCAGAGUUGCUAAAAUUCAUGUCAAUAAUUUUGUCAUCAGAGGUGUAUUGUAAGUGUAGAUAAUGUCAACUGGCCUUUGUGAUAGAAAAAUAAUACUGUAUUUUAUACCAUAAAUAUUCUUGUGUUACAUUUCACUUAUCACUUAUUUUAGGAAGAAACCUGGAUUCAAGUUGAUAUCUUUAAAUAAAAUAAUCACAUAUGCAGUUCCUUGGUGUAGUUCUGCUAUUCUAAUUCCUUUUUUGUGCAUAGCAAUACAGGUAUAUAGCAUGCAGUGUGCAUAGAACAACAUGGUUAUAUAGAGUGCAGUGUGCAAAGAGCAACAUGGUUAGAUAACAUGCAGUGUGCAAAGAGCAACAUAGUUAUAGAGCAUGCAGUGUGCAUAGAGCAACAUGGUUAUAUAGCAUGCAGUGCAUACAUAUCAACAUGGCUACACAACACACACCAUGUAUAUAAAAGCCUUUGUAGAGUUCAUAAAAUAUUGUUGGAUACACACAUUCUGAUAAAUACUCAAACGAAACCAACAGAUAUGACUGUACUGUAUUGUUGCAGAUGUUGUCCAUGUGAGGAGUCAUUAUAUAACAUUUUACAAGAGGGACUAUAUAAUCAUUAAUUCAUCAAGAACACAUUCAAAUAUAGAAUUACAAAAUAUAUAUGAAUACUUCCUCCUCUGUCCAAGCUGUAGCCAUUAGCCGGUAUAUUAUUGUACUAAUGUAGCCUAUACAUUAGAAAAAGAUGUAAAAGAACUAGUGCAUGUAAUUACAUUGAGGGGAAGAAUAGGAAAAACUAUCAUAGGGAAUAAUGCACGAUUAUUUAUACACUAAGCAGUUGGCAUUUAAUUUUAGGCUGAGAACACACAUCUUUGAUAUUUGGAAAAUUUACUUUAUGGUUGUAAUGUUUUAUGACUUGUUUUUAAAUACAAAUAUUAUAUAAUGCAUUAAAUGUUUAUUGAUUUCAAUAAAGAGUUGGUUUGAUAUAACUAGA